UCCGGAUUCUGGUUGCGCCUCUUUUACGUAACAAUCCGCGGAAUUUUGAAAGUAACACCCAGACAGACGUUCGAACUUAAGACCUUCUAACCAUGACGUCCAUCACUGAUAAGAACAUCAUUGAUGGCUUUGCCAAUGCAAUGGAGGAAAUCCACAACAAACAACUGAAAGCAUACGCCGAGAUAACUGAGGCCACCACCCAGCGGAGCCAGUCCCACAGGCAGUUUGUCAAAUCAGCACUUGAUACAUGUUUGGAGAAAUGUGAGAAUGACGAAAUGCUGUUUGACUCCAUAGAAGUAUUUAAAAAGGAUUUGCAGCAUAAGAAUGCAUCAUUGAAGGACAAACAGCAUGCUAUUGCAGAAAUGACAUCUGAUAUUGAGCAGAAGGAAAUACAGAAAGGCAUGAUUAUCCAGAAGAUUGAGAAGCUUAAAGAAGAACAAGCUCAGCAAAAAGAGUUCAUUGAGUCUCAGUAUAAAGCCAACAAGAACAGACUGAAGAACCUGCAGAAAGCCAGACAUGUCUUUCAGGAUCAUUUGGGGAUGGAAAUACGAACCAUCUGUGGCACGGAGCACCAACUUUCCGGUAAAAGGUUUCAGUUUGUGUUCCGGAAUAUCAACCCAGCUGAUCUGAACAGUGCCUACAUUAUCACAAUGAGAAUCACGGAAGAUGGUGCAUAUCAGGCCGUGUCGAGUGACCCUACGCUUGAGUGCCUGCCAGCUUUGGAAAGACGUCUUCAGGAGACCAACAACUUACCAGUUUUCCUGACAAACGUAAGGAAGGAGUUUAUCUCCCAAGUGCGCUAAAAUGGGAUUUUAAUAAAGUUAACAUUUUGCAGCAAAGUCUCUUAUGUAUAUUGCAAUUGGAAGGCAAGGACCUAACUACCUAAUCUGUACUAAUAGAUAUGUAUAUAACAUGCUAUUAUGGACCCUUUUAUAUGAUGGGAUUUAACCACAGAAACAUGUCAGUACUCAUUUAAGACAUGAAAUAACUGCUUUUAUGAAAUAUGCCAAUGAGCUUAUUCAUCAUAACACAGUGGCAAAAAUUGUUACAUAUUGUAUGCAUGAUUUUAGAAAGCAAUAUAUUCCUAGCCUGUCACAAUAACAAAUUUUGCUGCACGAUAAUUGUCCUACAAAUGACUGCUGAUAAACGAUAUUCUUGUCUAUUAUUUUGAGACAACUUUUUUCAUUAAUGUAACAAUAUAGUAUGGAAUUUUGUCAACAUUAUUUUGAGAUCAUUUAUCAUUACAGUAAUGAUAAUACAGUGGUGUGAAAGUGUUUGCCCCCUUCCUGAUUUUUUUUUUUGCAUAUUUGCCACACUUAAAUGUUUCAGAUCAUAAAACAAAUUUAAAUAUUAGUCAAUGACAAAACAAUUGAACACAAAAUGCAGUUUUUAAAUGAAACCUUUUAUUAUUAAGGGAGAAAAAAAUCCAAACCUACAUGGUCCUGUGUGAAUAAGUGAUUACCCCAACUUGUUAAAACAUAGCUGAGAUUAAUUAAUCUAAAAUUGUGGGACUCCAGCAAACCACAAUGAGAGCUAUUAUACACAAAUGGUGGAAAAAUGGAACAGUGGUGAACCUUCCCAGGAGUGGCUGGCCAACCAAAAUUACCCCAAGAUCGCAGCAACGACUCUACAAGAGGUCACAAAAGACCCCACAACAAUAUCCAAAGAACUGCAGGCCUCACUUUUGCGUCAGUUAAGGUCAGUGUUCAUGACUACCAUAAGAAAGACACUGGGCAAAAACAGGCUGCAUGGUAGAGUUCCAAGACGAAAACCACUGCUGAACAAAAAGAACAUUAAGGCUACUCUCAAUUUUGCCAGAAAACAUCCUGAUGAUCCCCAAGACCUUUGGGAAAAUCAGACGAGACAAAAAGUUGAACUUUCUGGAAGGUGUGUGUCCCAUUACAUCUGGUGUAAAGGUAACGGCGCUUAAGGACCUGGAAGACUUGCUGUGAUAAAUGGAACCAUGAAUUCUGCUGUCUACCAAAAAAUCCUGAAGGAGAAUGUCCGGCCAUCUGUUGGUGACCUCAAGCUGAAACAAACUUGGGUUCUUGGGUUCCAGGACAAUGAUCCAAAACACAAGUCCACCUCUAAAUGGCUGAAGAAAAAUAGAAUGAAGACUUUAGAGUGGCCGAGUCAAAGGCCUGACCUGAAUCCUAUUGAGAUGCUGUGGCAUGACCUUAAAAAAGGCUCUUCAUGCUGGAAAACCCUCCAAUGUGGCUGAGUCACAACAAUUCUGCAAAGAUGAGUGGGUCAAAAUUCCUCCAAAGCGCUGUAAGAGACUAAUUGCAAGUUAUCGCAAACGCUUCAUUGCAGUUGUUGCUGCUAAGGGUGGCCCAACCAGUUAUUAGGUUCAGGGGGCAAUCACUUUUUCACACAGGGCCAUGUAGGUUUGGAUUUUUUCUCCUUUAACAAUAAAACGUUUGAUUUAAAAAAAAAAAAAAAAAAUGCAAUUUGCGUUCAGUUAUGUUGCCAUUGACUAAUACUUAAAUUUGUUUGAGGAUCUGAAACAUUUAAGUGUGACAAACAUGCAAAAAGAAAUCAGGAAGGGGAAAACACUUUUCACACCACUGUACAUGGCAUAAUAAUGCGAGUACACCGUAUCAAAAGCAAUCAAUUUGAAUUUCUCAAGAGUAUUUAACAUUGAGCAAGAGCUUUUAAAUAAACAAAAUAAAACAUAAACAAAAAAGACGAUUUAAUGAAAAAUAAAAAAUUACUUAGGCUCUUAGCAAAAAUUGCACAUAAAUAAAAAUCACAAUAUGUCUGGUUUUUAAUCAGUAUCACUUUCGUUGUUGUCUGAAUAUUGACAAAAAACUGAGAAAUAACCUGCAAAUACUCUGAAGUUCACAUUGUGUGUCAAUGCAGACGUCAGCUCAUUUACAUAUACACUUUUUUUAAUUCACUUUUAGCAACACGCUGUGGAAUACGCUGUUUUACGUUUAAUGGGGUGUAAUGUUUUGUCAGAGUUUGGUCAAAGUACAUGUUUUGGAUGCAGCAAAAUGCAUUUGGUGCACAAUGAGGUGUUAUAUUUUGGGAAUCACUGAAACUUAAGUUCCACUUUUUAAAAAUGUUAAUUUAUUUCUUUGUCUUUGUCACAAACUUUUUCAUGUCACAAAAUGACGUUGCUCAAACAGGCUGAACUUGACAUCAGAUCGUGUUUUAUACACAACAUGCACAAAGAAAGCAUUUGAUCAUGUAGCACACGGCACACACAGCUAGCAAGUAGUGCACUUGCUAGGGCAUCGCACACCUCUCCUCACUGGGACAAAGAGAAUGAAUGACUCCAUUCAUUCUGGUAUAGAACCAAUGCAUCCAGUUGUUGAGACAGAUGCAAAAAGUGAACUCUCUUUGUCAUCUAGCCUGUUUGGUAGCGAGAAAGAGAGGAGGAAAACAAACACGCAUGCACAUGGCAAUAUAUCGAGACCGGCAAAAUGAUCAAGUUUGUUUUUAUUUAUCAUGCUUAUACAGAAGAUGCCCCUACAAUGUAAACAAUCCGUUCUGAGAACGUUUACGUUAUAGGGUUUUUACGUUAUACGAAGCGUAAAAUACAUGUAAAUAGCCUUAUCCAUUCCAAGAUCUUCCCAAACUCACCCCUUUGGCCCUUCAAAAUAUUCAAGAAGAGAUUUCAAUGCGUGUCAACUAGUUUAAGGACAACUACGAUGAGGAAGGGAGGUUGAAGGGAGAAGCCUGUCUUUCACACAAACUCACGUACACGCUGUAUAAGUCAGCCAAUGAGAUGAGAGCGUAGGUGGUGCCCCGAUAAUCAACCAAUGAGAUGAGAGCGUAGGCGGUGCCGGGAUAAUCAGCCAAUGAGAUGAGAGCGUAGGUGGUGCCCCGAUAAUCAGCCAAUGAGAUGAGAGCGUAGGCGGUGCCGGGAUAAUCAGCCAAUGAGAUGAGAGCGUAGGCGGUGCCCCGAUUAUCAGCCAAUGAGAGCGUGAAGCGUCAGAAGGCGUCACCAAGUGUACUCUGUUAGUCAUGGAAAAUGUUUCCCUCUCUCUGUAGCGCGAGCUAUUCAAAUCGAAUUACUGAACUUGCACCGACUUGACGCUUUACGUUAUAUGGAAUUUCUCAAGUAAUACGAUGCAAAAACUUUACAUAAAUUCUUUACGUUCAUUGGAAUUUACGUAAAAGGUUUACGUUAUGCGAGGUACUACUGUAAUUGAUUUAUUGAUUAUCGUAAGAGGCCUAGCUAUUACUUAGUUCCACUGUACACCAGCAGAUAUCAGUCAGGCUUCUGAUUAUUUGACACAGCUGAGCGCAGGCAGCUCCUCAACAUAUGUGGAUGGGAAAUGACCUGUCUGGCCAUUAAGUGCCCCAAACCACCAGCCAUUCUCUUCCUUUGUGUAAAUGUCCAGUAGAUCCCCUGUGAAACACACAGUAUGUUUUAGUUUCAUUUGGCUGUCUUCCUUGUUUAUACAUUUUCCUCAUACCUUCUUUCAGAGUUAAUUCAUCAUGGUGUGUAGGUGUGAAGCUAUAUAAAGCCUUGCAUUGGCCAACACGGCAAACGUCUGGCGCUCUCUGACCUGUUCAUUGGUAAUAUGUUUUAGUGCGAAGUUAUGUAAUAAAAACACAGACGUCCUACCAUGUUCUUUGUCGUCAUGCACAUGUGUUGGAGUCCCAACAACGUCCUCUGAUCCCUGUGCCAGCACGGCACAGGAGAGCUGGCCACUGGGCAAAGGCUCAGCUGGCGGACACGUGGUAGUUUGAACGGGUCCCUUGUAGAUGAUGGACGCUCUCAGCGAGUGUCUUGUUCUGAAGGGAGUCUUCCUUAGUUUGACCGGCCGAGUCAGCUGCACCACACUGUGCUCACAGUCCUGAUAUGGAGACCAAACAGUCACAUCAUUUCUGCAAUUCCUCGUGGAUUUACCAGAUAGAGGAAGAAUUUAAAUUGCUCUAGUGAAACUAUUUUAAAGGACUCGCAUUCACUAAAAGAGAUCAAAUAUUUCUGUGAAUUUUGUCCAAUAUAUACAUCUUGCAGAGUAAUUUUGGUUAAAAACAAAUUUAUUGACAUUUCUACCCUGAACUGUCCUUUCCUCAGCUCCAUGCACAGAUCAUUUCUAAAUUCUUGCACCCAUGCACUAAAUUCAGUCAAACCACUUUUGAUAUGUUACGAACCCGUGUGGUGUGGUGUUAUUGAACUUCUGUACCAUGUUAAAACAUGAGAAUGUCCCUAAGCGCACCUGGCACCAGGACACCCUCGGCCG